GUGCCCAGACCCCAGCACAGCUUGCACUACUACUGUAAUCCUAAACAAACGGCUGUCACCGGGCGUCUCACCUACAGGCCCCACAGAAAAUAACAGACAGGACGCGAGAGAAUUUACCGUUUGGAGACAUAUUGCAGUGAAAAGCGGUGAUGUCUCUCGUGUUUUGAGCUCCAGGCAUGCGCACGCCCACCGCUACCCGUCGCUUUCACUAUCCCCAUGGCAACCGGGUCACGCGAGCGCCUGCGCGUACGGCAUCGAGGGUCCUGCGCUGUUCUGCCGACCAGUACUACAUCUCCCGUGAUGCCCCGCGCCGGGCAGGCUGAGUUCAGUGAUGUGUGCAGAGCCUGUAAUGAGUGCAGAGGGGCGCAGGCUGACAGGUAAGUGUUCAGGGCCUAGGGGCUGCAGAAUGCCUAAUUAAUGUCCGAUGGGGGUACAUUCACUCAGCUUUUCCAUUAAAAAUAACCCCCACGCCACCUAUUUGCCCCAUGGGGCUAUUAUAAGUCUCAAUAGUUUUGUUCUUACUGGUUAAAGUUAAAACUCUGGCUCUUUGGCGAUACAGAAAUGUUCAUUUUUAGAAAAUCAUAUGUUUUGCCCGAGUAUUUUGCCCCCUGUUACAGGGAGACAUGCACUUCCUCUAUGAUACACACGGUGUCGCUGUCACGUGGGCUCCCACAAUGCACCAGGGCCUCGGAGGACAGCAGCACGUGGUUUUAUGGUUGCGGUGGCCGAUGCGUUUCGCCAUCAGCCCCUCCCCCAUCUGUGCGAUUUAAUUCAGGGCUUAUCGCGUGAUUCGUUGAUUCUUUGGCAUCUAAUUUACACUUUUUUUAAACACAAAAUUCAAGCCAAACGCAGAAGGUCCUCGCGGAGAUCUGGACAGGCGAUGGCCGAGAGGAUCCUGGAGCUCGCCCUGCAGAUCGUCUCGCUGCUGACCGGAGAGGAAUACGCUGUUGUAAAGAAGCCUGGUGACCAUGACCCAGACCGGCCCCCCAGGACCCAGAGCCCCAGCCCGGUGCCUCCACCUCACUCGCUGACCCACGAGAGGAGCCGCGAGCAGAAGAUCCUGGAACUGACCAACAAGAUGAUGUCCCUGCUGACUGGAGAGGUUCCUGUAAGGUGUGAUGAUGUCACCGUCUAUUUCUCCAUGGAGGAGUGGGAGUAUUUAGAAGGACACAAGGAGCUUUACAGGGACGUGAUGAUGGAGACCCACCAGCCCCGCCGCUCUCCAGGAGACGGAUCGGUGGUCAUCAGAACAUCUGAAGGACCUGGUCAUAAAAGGUGCUUGUGGAUGGAGAAACCGAAAAAGAAAGGGAACCCGACCACAGAAUCCUCUCCGUGGGAAGAACUCUGUCUCACAGUAAUGUCCGCACCCCCCGGACAACAGCAAGGAACGCGGUCGUGUAAUAAUACCGAGGAGGAACCUUCCACGUGUGAAGAAGCAGACCUCAGCCGUGAAGAUAUUUUUCUACCCACCGGACCGAAAUGUAUAAACAGUGAGGAAUCAGCCAUAGCCGAGGAAGGACAUUUCACAGAACAAACUUCGCAGAUGGGGUCUACUCGCCCUGAGGUCCUCCAUGGACAAGAGCAUUUCCCCCACCAUGGCCUUCACGUACCCAUAGGAGAUACGCUCACAGAGUCUGCUUACGCCCUUGAGAGGAACAGUCAUCUGUCUUCUUCUGCGUCUCCCGAGCCGCCGGAGAGGACGUUAAGCUGCUUGGAGUGUCCGAAGUGGUUUACGAGUAACUCGGGCCUCGUUAGACACCAGAGGACUCAUAACGGGAAGAAGCUGGCUUGCUCCGAGUGCGGGGAGGAAUUCACCUUUAAACUGGAACUUGUUACGCACCAGAGGGUUCACUCCUUGGACAAAUUAUUCAUCUGCCCCGAAUGCGGCAAACACUUCUUCUACAACUCGGAUUUCCUGAAGCACCAGAAGUACCACUCACGAGAGAAGCUCUUCGGCUGCGCGGACUGCGGGAAAGCGUUCAUCCAGAAGAUCCACCUACUGACCCACCAGAAGAUUCACACGGGGGAGAAGCCCUUCGGCUGCCCGGAAUGCGGCAAGCGCUUCACCCAAAAACCCCAUCUCACCCGACAUCAGCUGACCCACAGCGGGGAGAAGCCGUUCUCGUGCUCGGAGUGCGGGAAGUACUUCCCGAAUAACGCGUAUCUGAUCAUCCAUCGGCGGGUCCACACGGGGGAGAAGCCAUUUCCCUGUCCUCAGUGCGGGAAAAGCUUCACAAACACCUCGAAUCUCUUCAGACAUCAGAGGCAGCACCAGGGGAAGAAGCCAUCGGUUUAUAGCUGCGGACAGUGUGAGAAGUGUUUCGCUAGCAGCUCUGAGCUGUCCAAGCAUCGGCGGGUUCACAAAGUCAAGAAUUUGACCUGCGACGAAUGCGGGAAAGCCUUCUCCUACAAAUCGCAUCUUCUGAAGCAUCAGAGGAUCCACACCGGGGAGAAACCGUUUUCCUGCGACGAAUGCGGCAAACGUUUCACCAGCAAAAUCAACCUGAUCACCCACCAGCGGAUACACACCGGGGAGAAGCCGUUCGCCUGCUCCGUGUGCGGCAAGUGCUUCACCAUUAAAACAAACCUUCUCCGGCAUCAGACUAUCCACACGGGGGUGAAGCCGUUCGCCUGCUCGCAGUGCGGGAGAUGUUUCACGAGCAGCUCGCGUUUCCUCGCCCAUCAAACCAUUCACACGGGCGAGAAACCCUUUUCUUGCACGGAAUGCGGGAAGCAGUUUUCGGAUAACUCGUACCUUGUCCGGCAUCGGAAGAUUCACACAGGGGAGAAACCCUUUGUGUGCUCCGAGUGCGGGAAGUCUUUUAUCAGUAGCUCCAACCUGAUAUCCCAUCAGAGGAUCCACACGGGGGAGAAGCCGUUCUCCUGCCCGGUCUGCAAGAAGAGCUUCAACAACAGCUCGCACCUCGCCAAGCACAAGAGGAUUCACACCCGGAAAACGCCGUACGCGUGCUCCGAAUGCGGGAACUGCUUCACCCGAAGUUCUCAUCUUCUCACGCAUCAGAGCGUCCACUCCGGGGAGAAACCGUUUGCGUGCCCCGAGUGUGGCAAAUGUUUUGGAUGUCAGAGUUACCUAAGUAGGCAUAUGAAAGUCCACACUCAGAGAGAAAGUACUUUACAGUCGCACCUAUGAUUAGCCCCCCAGGAUAUUAUUAGCUUUUAUUUAUCUAGAUAUUUAUCUUAACAUGCAGCAAAUGAUUUAUUUGAGCCGUACUGCUGCUUGUGUGCGUGUUUUAGAGGAUUAAUAAAGCUUUAUAUCUUUUGAUCGGA